AGUUUUGUUCUCUGAAGCCUCUCCUAGAAGCCCCAAAUCCUGCAGCCCCUCUUGUCUCAUCCCCUUCACUUGGACCCAGGCUCGGGGUUGAACGUGAUGACAUGCCUGCCCAACAGGAGGCACCGAGUCCCCUUCCCUGGUCUCUCCCCUAAAAAAGGCGUGCUGGUCACCAUGACAACAGAGACAGGCCCAGAUUCUGAGGUGAAGAAGGCUCAGGAGGAGGCCCCGCAGCAGCCUGAGGCAGCCGCCGCAGCUACCACCCCUGUGACCCCCGCAGGCCACGGCCAUCCCGAGGCCAACUCCAAUGAGAAGCAUCCGCCCCAUCAGGACGCUCGGCCUGCUGAACAGAGCCUAGACAUGGAGGAGAAGGACUACGGGGAGGCCGAUGGCCUGUCAGAGAGGACCACGCCCAGCAAGGCCCAGAAAUCGCCCCAGAAGAUUGCCAAGAAAUACAAGAGUGCCGUCUGCCGAGUCACUCUGCUCGAUGCCUCUGAGUAUGAGUGUGAGGUGGAGAAACACGGCCGGGGCCAGGUGCUGUUUGACCUGGUCUGUGAGCACCUCAACCUCCUGGAGAAGGACUACUUUGGCCUGACCUUCUGUGAUGCCGACAGCCAGAAGAACUGGCUGGACCCCUCCAAGGAAAUCAAGAAGCAGAUCCGGAGCAGCCCCUGGAAUUUUGCCUUCACAGUCAAGUUCUACCCCCCUGACCCUGCCCAGCUGACAGAAGACAUCACAAGAUACUACCUGUGCCUGCAGCUGCGGGCGGACAUCAUCACGGGCCGCCUGCCCUGCUCCUUCGUCACGCAUGCCCUGCUGGGCUCCUAUGCCGUGCAGGCUGAGCUGGGCGACUAUGAUGCCGAGGAACAUGUGGGCAACUAUGUCAGCGAGCUCCGCUUCGCCCCUAACCAGACCCGGGAGCUGGAAGAAAGGAUCAUGGAGCUGCACAAGACGUACAGGGGCAUGACCCCAGGAGAAGCAGAAAUCCACUUCCUAGAGAACGCCAAGAAGCUUUCUAUGUACGGAGUAGACCUGCACCAUGCCAAGGACUCUGAGGGCAUCGACAUCAUGUUAGGGGUCUGUGCCAAUGGCCUGCUCAUCUACCGGGACCGGCUGAGGAUCAACCGCUUCGCCUGGCCCAAGAUUCUCAAGAUCUCCUACAAGAGGAGUAACUUCUACAUCAAGAUACGGCCUGGGGAGUAUGAGCAGUUUGAGAGCACGAUUGGCUUUAAGCUCCCAAAUCACCGGUCGGCCAAGAGACUGUGGAAGGUCUGCAUUGAGCAUCAUACGUUCUUCCGGCUGGUGUCCCCUGAGCCCCCACCCAAGGGCUUCCUGGUGAUGGGCUCCAAAUUUCGGUAUAGUGGGAGGACCCAGGCACAGACCCGCCAGGCCAGCGCCCUCAUCGACCGGCCCGCGCCCUUCUUUGAGCGUUCCUCCAGCAAACGGUACACCAUGUCCCGCAGCCUUGAUGGAGCAGAGUUCUCUCGACCGGCCUCGGUCAGUGAGAACCACGACGCAGGACCUGACAGUGACAAGCGGGAGGAGGAUGGCGAGUCUGGGCUGCGGCGAUCAGAGGCUGAGGAGGGAGAGGUCAGGACCCCCACCAAGAUCAAGGAGUUAAAGCCGGAGCAGGAAACCACGCCGAGACACAAACAGGAGUUCUUAGACAAGCCAGAGGAUGUCUUGCUGAAGCACCAGGCCAGCAUCAACGAGCUCAAGAGGACCUUGAAGGAACCCAACAGCAAACUGAUCCACCGGGAUCGAGACUGGGAGCGGGAACGCAGGCUGCCCUCCUCUCCCGCCUCCCCCUCCCCCAAGGGCACCCCUGAGAAGGUCAACGAGUCCCAGAGGACCCAGGACACCUCUCAGCAGGACUUGGCACCUGAGCCUGGGACGGCCACAGGCUUGGAAGUGUUCACUCAGAAAAGCCUCGCAGCGUCUCCUGAGGGUUCAGAGCAUUGGGUAUUUAUAGAAAGAGAGUACAUUAGGCCAGAAGAACUCAGUCUCCUAAAAGUGACCACCACACAGCAGGAAGAAAGGGAGGCAGGCCUCGCAGACAUGCUUGCUGACGGCAGACUCUCCAAGGUAGACGUCCUGGUGGACAAGUUCACCUUUGAAAUGGCCACAGAAGAAAAGGUGGGAGCCAGAGGAGCAAACACCCAGCGACAAGGAAGAAUGAUCACGAGCCCUGAAGACUUCGAGUCAGCGUGGGGGAAAUGCCCCUGGGUCAGGGAAGGCCCAGGAGGGGCUUCUCUGGCUGCAGGCUGCACGCUGGCAGGAACGCUCCCAGAGGGCUCCUGGUUCAGGGUGGACCCUGGGGAGGCAACCAUCAGGAAGCAGCGGGCCUCCGGGGGUCAGCUGGAGGGCCCGGUGGAGCUGAGGCAGGAGCGGGAGGAGUUCCAGGCUCACGGAAGACCCGCCGCCCCGGCCACCGGCCCCGCAGAGGUGGAUGUCCCCUCUCCAGCCUCCGACACGGGAGGACUCCGGUCGUUUCUGCUGGACCCAGCCUACACAGAAGCCAGAGCCGACUCGAGCGAUGAAACCGACACUUCCUUUGCAGAGAGAAGCUUCUAUUUAAACUAUGGAGAGAAAGAGUCUGAAGACCAAGUCCUCCCUCCGGCCCUGGAGGAGAGAGAAGAGCACUUAGAUGCCCCACCUGGCUGCGAGACCGGGCGGAAGCUCUCGGAGGAGCUCACGGAGAGCUCAGAGCUGGACUCCUCCGGCCCAUGGGGCUCUGCUGCCGCUGUCGGCAGAAACAAGCACCAUGAGGGUGAAGCCCACUCAGCUUCCUCAGAGGGAGGGGCGGGGCCCCCCAGGAACCAAGGACCAGAUGACCUGGAGGUCUUUGUCAAGCAGCUCGGAAAGGGACCUUCUCCAGGGCUGAUGUUUGCUGAGGACUGGGACGAAGCCCGGUGGGAGGUGGAAGGAGAGUCUACCCACCCAGCAUCCUCAGUAGCUGCAGAGGAAGAGACCCCCCAGAGUGGAGGUUUGAUGGGAAAGGCUGAGAAAAGUCCCCCAGGAGAAUGGAACCACUCACCUCACAGAGGAGGGGGCGUGCAUCCAGACCGCCAGGCCUGUGCCCUUCUGUGGCCCAUCCCUCCUAGCGAUGUCAGGAAGCCAGCCAAGCCGGACAGAGGCAACUUCCUGCCCAGAGGGAGGGGACCAGUUCACACCCAAACAGGAGAACCUGUGACAGAGGACAGCAAGGCCCCAGCGUUUCUUCAGAUGGAGGUGAUCACCCCUCUCCCAACCUCGCCCUGUCCCUUUGUGGCUCAGACAUCUCCAGAGGAAGCUUCUUCAAGCCCAGCCCCUUAUGGGUCGGGAGAGCCUGUGCAGCUCAGGGACCGCUUUGGAGAACAGUCCCCUGUAUUUCUCAAACAUGCCCAUCCUCCUAAAGAGAGCCCGGAGCCCAAGGACCGAGUAGGGCUGGCUGUGACCCCAGACGGAGGUGAGCGCAGGGGCCCUCCCAUCGCCAGCAGGAAGCCCAGAGUUGUCCCUGAAGAAGCCCAGGGGUUGCUGUUCCCUUCAGGGAAGCAAAAGGAGAUGACCUCUUUCCAGGCUGGGGGUCAAGAGGGCUCCCUGGAAGAUAUUAGCAAGACCUCUGUGGCCAACAAGAUUCGUAUCUUUGAGACCCACGGAGCUGAAACUCGCUGGGCGAGUCAGGGUGAAACCAGGGCCUUUGCAAACGAGUUGUCUUCGGAGGCCUCCGUGGGGCAGGUCGAGCAACAGCGGAGUAGGCGUUUAGACCUGGGAUUUGCUCAGUUCCAGCCCCCAGGGGACUUUGCUGCCCCCAAAGCCACACAUUCCUCCAUGAUGCCGCCAGCUACCAGACACUUCCGGGAGGGCAUUUCUACCCCAUCCCCCCGGGAAGGAUGCAUGGACGUCGAGCUCGUGUCCCCCAGUCCAGGCUGUGAAACUACACUGGAGGAAGCUACUGGGGGAACUGGCCACAACAAAUCCGGAGACGCGGUCAGGCAAGAGAAGCACGUUACCAGCUUAGCAGCAAAUCCCCCAGGAAAGGGGGGGCACCUGAGAUUCGCCAGCCCCUCAGGCCCUCAGAGAGCAGGGCUGAGGGAGGGCUCCGAGGAGAAAGUCAAACCGCCACGGCCCAGGGCCCCAGAGAGUGACACGGGAGACGAGGACCAGGACCAGGAGAGGGACGCGGUGUUCCUGAAGGACAACCACCUGGCCAUUGAGCGUAAGUGCUCCAGCAUCACGGUCAGCUCCACGUCCAGCCUGGAGGCCGAGGUCGACUUCACGGUCAUCGGCGACUACCACGGCAGCGCCUUCGAAGACUUCUCCCGCAGCCUGCCUGAGCUUGACCGAGACAAAAGUGACUCAGAAACUGAGGGCCUGGUGUUCUCCCGGGAUCUCAACAAACGGGGCCCGAGCCAGGAUGACGAGUCUGGGGGCAUCGAGGACAGCCCGGACCGAGGGGCCUGCUCCACCCCGGAUAUGCCCCAGUUCGAGCCCGUGAAAACGGAAACCAUGACAGUCAGCAGCCUGGCUAUCAGGAAGAAGAUCGAGCCGGAGGCUGUACUGCAGACCAGAGUUGCCACUGUGGACACCACCCAGGUUGAUGGGACUGCCCCAGGGGGGAAGGAGUUCAUAACAACUACUCCCUCCAUCACCACGGAGACCAUAUCAACCACCAUGGAGAACAGUCUCAAGUCCGGGAAGGGGGCAGCUGCCAUGAUCCCAGGCCCACAGACGGUGGCCACGGAAAUCCGUUCUCUUUCUCCGAUCAUCGGGAAAGAUGUCCUCACCAGCACCUACGGCGCCACCGCGGAAACCCUCUCCACCUCCACCACCACCCAUGUUACCAAAACUGUGAAAGGAGGAUUUUCUGAGACGAGGAUCGAGAAGCGGAUCAUCAUCACCGGGGACGAAGAUGUCGAUCAAGACCAGGCCCUGGCUUUGGCCAUCAAGGAGGCCAAACUGCAGCAUCCUGACAUGCUGGUAACCAAAGCUGUCGUAUACAGAGAAACAGACCCAUCCCCAGAGGAGAGGGACAAGAAGCCACAGGAAUCCUGACCUCUGUGAAGAGUUGCUGGCGUUUCUGGUCCAACCCAAGCCAGAGAACCGUAAAGAAGGGGCCUUUAUUCUGGAUUCUCCAACUCAACACCGACGUCCCAGCUGCGACGUACUGUCCCUGAUGAGAGACUGGGAAAGGAAAAGCAUAUAUAUAUAGAUAUAUAUAGAUAUAGAUAUAUAUACAGGAAACAUCACGUCCUUGCACUGCUGCCGGGGCUGGCCGAGCAUUCGGCCGACAGCAACGGCCAACAUCUGAACGCCUACAUUUCCUGUGCAGACAAAUUGAAGAAUUGGUAGGAUUGUUCAGGAAAAAAAAAAUUAUAACAAUAAUCCCUUGCUCCGCCCCCCCACACCCCCUGCCACGCCUGUCCCACCUCCCCUUGAAGCCCCGCGGAACAACCAAGGCAAGCCAGACCACGCUGAUUGUAGAAGUACAAUGCGACCCGGGUUCUAUACGUUCCAUUCAGUGGACGAGCAUUCCAUUUCUUCUUCUCCUGCGUCUGUUGCCCACUCAAAUGCAAAGGAAAACACUUUUGCAGCCAAGCAAGAGAAGCUGCAGCAGCAAGACACGCCCUGUCAAACGUUUUCCAAGAAAGAGAGAAAAUUCCCUGCUCAGAAAGGAGGAGGAGGAGCACUAGAUUCUUAUUUUUUGGGUCUUGACACUGGGCUGCAAAAUCCACCUUCCUUUCUUCCGCCUCCCCUCCCCGUCGACUGUCACACAUCUUGUCAGUCAUUUUCUGUCUGGGUUCCCUCCUGCCUCUCCCCCACCCCACCCCCGCCUCACCUUCUGUGUCCUGGUCCUGCUGAGGGCCACUGCAGAUGACUCUCAUUGGAAGCGAGAACAAGCAAAGCAAAGCAAGAAUGUGAAACCAAGCCACAGGAGGUGAAGUAGACAUUGUAUGUUAUGGGUUCUCAUUAUGAAGGUGCAGCUCGUAGAUUUGUAUGGAUGUGCUUUUAAGUUAUGUAUAUUACAUAUAACAGGAAACAAAUAUUAAAAUAAACAGUGCUGGUAAGUAUGAAGCUGACAUUUUAAAAUUAUAAUUAUCUGACUGUGAUUGAUGUAUCCCAAGGUUCCUAGAUCUCACCGAACCGACCUUGCCAAGGAGACCCGGACUCUGGCUGUGGGUCGCUCACAGUAGGAGCCGGUUCAGUGUAGAAAUACAGUGUGUGGUGUUUGUAAUUGAUUGAUGGGUGGGGAGGGGCGGGGCCCCCAGGUGGAGAGGCAGGGAUUUUGGCAAGAAGGAAGCAACACGGGUGUGGUUCAAGAUGCCUUCUCCCCCCUGGGCAGUAGCGACCGGGGGCUGGUUUGUGCUCAGGCGUGGGGUCCACAGUUAGGAUUCUGCUGCACAGGUCUCCCGGCUCAGUGCCCCCGCCUCCCUAGGAGCCUUGCCUCCUUUCUCAGUCUCUCUUUGUUUUGCCACGUCUUGCCUUUUCCUGACCGCAUUGUGACAGCUAACUCCCAUCCCGAGGGAGGUGACAUACCCACCUGCCGCGGAAGAUGGUGGCUUCCACCUGGCUGUCUGAACAUCCCCAGCCCAGUCUUUUCCUUUACCACUCCUGUAUUCUGUCUGACUCAUUCUCUGCUUCCUGGGCCAAAGCAGCCAUGGUAGAGACUGAACACAGGGCAGGCCCUGAUAGGUCAAAACCGCACUCCCAAAGGCUUCGCCUGCCCCAGAGUAAGCUGAGGAGGAUCUACGUAUAAGACCCUGGCUUUAGAGACCUCGCCUUCAGUCGGUGUCUGCGCUCUGAGCCUGUGCCCUCGGAGUCCCAAAAAUGGCCUUGAGACCACAGAAGCCCUUGGAGAAGACCCCCAUCAAAAGCUUGGCGUUGCCCUCUGGCACACGUGGGCUUUCCCAGGCUUUCCUGACACAAGCUGCUUCCCUGAGCUUAAUGAGGCCCCUUCUGAGGGAGUUUUUCCCCACUGCCCUUUAAUUUCUCAGUCCCAUUUCAUUUCCCCCAUCCUGCUUCUAAAGCAGGCGAUAAAUUCACUCAACAAAUAUUUAUUGAGUACUUACUUGUGCCAGGCACUGUCAUUAGGCUCAAGGAGAAAGCGUGGGGGGAGCAGAGGACCUGGGAAGACCCCUGAGCCAGCCUUACAUCUCUAACCCCUCUGAGAACACUUCCGAAUUCUCUCCAAUUAUCAGACAUUGCCUAGGGAUGUCCCAGAGAGGGGCUUGGCUUGCUUAUUAGUUACCCCAGUGACACACAUGCUUAGCUGCUUAACUGGUGCUGACCUGAGGCAGGACAAGAAACCAGAACAGUGUUUGCCUCUGUGGGCAGAAAUGGGAUGGAGAGAGGGCAGAGAGAGCCCCGCACCUGGGGCUCAGGUGGCACAGUCAGCCACAUCCCCUCUGGGGCAGGCUGGUGGCCCACUCCGACUCCCCCCUGAGAGCGAAGGCACACUUUGAAUGCACCAGGUUCUUUUUACAGUCCUGGGAGAGAAGCCACAGAGCCUCCUUCCUGUUCUCCUCAGCCUGAGAGCCCCCACUGUUUCUGGGCCAAGAGCUGGAGUGGCUCCACCCUCUCCAGGCCACCUGGAAUUGGGCUCAGGCAUCCCUGUCUUUGCAGGAACCAGGUGUCCUGAGCGCACAGGACAUACCUCAGAGAGAGAAUAUUUGUUCUGGGUUCUGUGCCUGCCUUUAGACCCUAAGUGUGUGGCUUUAGGGCAGGGAAGAUGUGACCAGGCUUAGCUUGUGGGCCAGCCAGGGUUUGUGGAGCUCUCCAUCCCACAGAUGUUCUGACCUUCCGCCGAGAGGCAGGCAGUGCCAGCAGGGAGGAGGGGAGCUGCAAAGCUGAAAUCUAGGGCACUGUUUCCUCCCCAACCUCCUCUUCAUAGGGAAUAUAGACGUUUGUCUUGUCUGUCUUCAACCUACUUUUCCUUUUUACAUUUCUCAUCCUUUCUGUGCCACCUCUCCACCCAGGAGACCAUGUAGCAUGGUGGAAAAAGUCCUGGAGGGCAGUCAGGAGUUCUGGGUGGCCAUCCUGGCUCAACCCCUAACUCACCACGUGCCAUUGAGCUAGUCCCAUUCCCGCUUCGGGGCCUCAGUUUCCUCACGUGCAAAACGAAGAGGAUAAAGCAGAGGCUCUCCAUGGCCUUUUGCCACUCUGCCAGCCUGCAGAUCUUUGUUUUCCCUUCUUUUGCUUUCUUGGGACCUUUUCCAUCUGAGGGUAUAGGAAGUGCCAAGACCUGUUUCAGUUUUUGAAUCCUGCAAGCACAUUCCAAGACUGGCCUGAAAUUGCAUGAACAACAUCACUCUAAAUAUAUACAUUUUUUUUUUUCCAAAAGCACCUUCCCAACCAACUGCGAUGCUGUCCUGGUCCUUUUUACUCGCACCCUUCUCUCCUCUCUUGUCCCCGCGCUCCCCCACCUCAGUGCUCCGUGCUGUAUGCGUGUGCUCUCUGUUCUUGUAUACUCAAUAAAAGUGAAAUAAAUGUGUUUGAUGCUGAACCACAAA